CGCAAGGCUUACUAACGCAUCUAUGGUGUGAACAUCCAGAUACGCGGGAAAUAAAAAAUAAUCGUGCAUCCUGGCAGAAGGAGUGUCUUUAGUAUCUGGAGGAAGAAAAUUGUCAAUUUUUCCGUUUGUGCUUAGGAUAACAUUAAAAAACCCAUGCCAUAUGAUAUUUCGAAUUUGUCUCCUCCAUCGAACAAAGUAGGUCUCAUCAUUAGAAUUCGGUAUCCUUUCAAGCAAUCAUCAAUGCAACAAACAACUGAGAUCGAAGUAUUUUAUCAAAUAAGUCUAUUACAAAAUUUCUGUUUGUUAAGAAACUAUUAUGCUGUGGUAACGAUUCAGCUGAUUCUAUGACACUUUCCAAAACUGGGUUCGCGUAUUUUCGUGUUCAACUUUGACCUGCAAUUCCCAAAACUGUUUUUCGCUCCAGUUGUUAGCUUUAAUUAAUUUGAUUGCCUCAUAUAAAAGUAGUUAAGUAAGGAGCAUAUGACUUGUUUCCAGCACGCCAUUCAUCAUGGAAAAGUACUAAUCGUUCGUAGAAAGUGUCAAGAGCUGAUCCUUGGUAAUUGAUAUGAAAUGCAUUUUUAAUACGCUUUACUUCAAUAUUACUUUCUUUUAUCUCCAUUUCUUUCUCUUUACCUUUCUCUUUACUUGAAGAGCUUACAUCGUC